AUAAAACAAGCAAGCAAGAAAGAUCUCUACCUUAUUCUCUCUACCUUAUUAUUAUUUUCUGGAGGGAAAAACCCUGUUGGAACCUGAAACCCCAAAACCAGAGAGCGAGAGAGAGAGAGAGAGAGAGAGAUGUUUGCAGCAGAGAAUGGCCUGAAGGGAGACCCAAGGCUUCUGGCCAUCUCUGAAGCCAUUAGAGUCAUUCCAAACUUCCCAAAACCAGGAAUAAUGUUUCAAGAUAUUACUACUUUGCUGAUGAACCACAAGGUCUUCAAGGACACCAUUGACAUUUUUGUUGAUAGAUACAGAGACAUGGACAUCUCUGUUGUUGCAGGAAUCGAAGCCAGAGGAUUCAUGUUCGGGCCACCUAUUGCAUUGGCCAUCGGGGCAAAGUUUGUUCCAUUGCGCAAGCCUAGAAAGUUGCCGGGGGAAGUAAUUUCAGAAGCUUACGAGCUCGAGUAUGGCACUGAUUGCCUAGAGAUGCAUGUUGGUGCCGUAGAACCUGGGGAACGGGCAGUGGUCAUCGAUGAUUUAGUAGCCACGGGUGGAACUCUCUCUGCGGCGAUUAGACUUCUAGAACGGAUGGAGGCUGAGGUGGUUGAAUGUGCUUGUGUUAUCGGCUUGCCUGAGGUCAAGGGACAGCACAGACUAAAUGGAAAGCCGCUUUAUGUUCUUGUGGAGCCACGGCAAGUAGACCAUUGCCGUUAAGAUUCCGGGGGUACCACUGGGGGGCUGAAUUCUGGUGAAAUAGGGUGCUCGGGCGAGAGAAUUCUUAUUCUCCUUUGAUAGGAAGAACUCAUCAUAUUCCACUAGAAGUGAUCGAGUUCUGCUACUGUAUCUCCCACUUUCUGCACAUUCCCUUUCCCUUUGCGUAGUAGUUUUCGUUUUGUUUCUUCAUCGAUUAAGCUGCUAAUUUUGAACACACCCCACCAUAAAUCAAACGGUGAUCGUUUGCGCUCAGCAAAGUUAUACAGGGCUUGCAGCAGAUUCGUCCCAGUUGGUCGGAUACUGUGUGGUCACAUCUCUUCUGCUUUCAAG